AUGGCGGGCAAAAAGGGAAAGAAUAGUAGCAAAGGUUCACAUGGUGGACCUAAAGCUGACGUUGUUCAAGAUGAUCGUCUGCAGGCAAUUGUGUUAACAGAUUCAUUUGAAACUAGAUUCAUGCCGUUGACUUCUGAGAAACCAAGGUGCCUUUUGCCACUGGCAAAUGUGCCACUCAUUGAAUAUACUUUGGAGUUUCUGGCCAAGGCAGGUGUGAAUGAAGUUUACCUAGUUUGCUCAUCUCAUGCUAGCAAGAUUGACGAGUACAUCGAAGAUUCCAAAUGGAACUUACCAUGGUCUCCAUUCAAGGUAACAACGCUAAUGUCACCGGAGGCCCGGUCCGUAGGUGACGCCAUGAGAGAUCUUGACAACAGAGGCAUCAUAACCGGUGAUUUUAUCUUAGUUAGUGGUGACGUAGUGACAAAUAUUGAGUUCGAUAAAGUAUUAGAGUUUCACAAGAGAAUGCAUUCUAAGGAUAAAGACCAUAUAGUAACAAUGUGUCUGGCAAAGGCUAGUCAGUUUCAUAAGACCAGAACUUUUGAACCCGCCGCAUUCAUCUUAGAUCAAUCAAACAACAGAUGUUUAUAUUACCAAGAUAUUCCGUCUUCAAGUUCGAAAGCGAAGACAGAGGUUGAGAUUGAUUCCGAUCUCCUAGAGGAUGUUGAUGAUUUUGUCAUACGAAAUGAUUUAAUUGAUUGUCGUAUUGAUAUUUGUUCGCCAUUAGUUCCAGCAGUCUUCCAGGAGAACUUCGAUUAUCAAAUGUUAAGAUCAGAUUUCAUCAAAGGUGUUUUAACUAGUGACCUAUUGAGUAAGCAUGUUUAUGCGUAUGUUACUGAAGAAUAUGCUAAUAGAGUUGUCAGUUGGAAGACCUACGACACUAUCACUCAGGAUUUUAUUGGCAGAUGGUGUUAUCCACUAGUUCUAGACUCAAAUGUAUUAUCUGACCAAACUUACUCAUAUGAAUCGGGUCAUAUUUAUAAGGAAAGGGACAUUAUGUUGGCACAAUCAUGUAAAAUAGGUAAGAACACUGCCAUUGGCUCAAAAACCAAGAUUGGCGAGGGUACAACAAUCGAAAACUCUGUUAUUGGAAGGAAUUGUCAAAUCGGUGAAAAUAUAGUCAUAAAAAAUAGUUACGUCUGGGACAACGCAGUGAUAGGAAACAAUAGUAUUAUCGACCAUUGCAUUGUUGCCUCGAAUGCAACACUUCGUGACAAUGUUAUAUUAAAUGACGGGUGUAUUGUAGGCUACAAUGUGUUCAUUGAUAGCAAUAUGGAAAUUCCGAAUGGCACAAAAAUCUCAGGUCAGCCUGUGAAAAGCAUGCAUGCGCACGAAUUUGGAAUCUCUGAUGACGAAGAAGAGACAAUCGAAGAGCAGGCCAAAAACUCCAGGAGAAUCAUUACUUCCUUAGCGGUAAACCUAGUUGGACCCAAGGGAAUAGGAUACGUAUACGACAGUGAUAUUUCUGAUAAUGAUGAAGACUCAUCUGAUUCGGGUGAAGGAGCUAACGCCUUAUCGUAUAGGCUCGAAGAGUUCUAUUUGAGUGAUGAUUCCAUUUCUUCCAAGACCUUCAAGAGUAAGAAAAAGAGAACAAUGUCAACCAACAGUAUGUACACUGAUAGAGAAGAAAAUGCCUCUGAACUCGACGAAGAUGAAGACUUUGAAGUGGAAGGUAUCGAAACUGUAAAAAGAGCUAUUGAAAACAAUCAUGAUUUAGAUACAGCAUUAUUGGAACUGAACACUCUUAGAAUGAGUAUGAAUGUAACAUAUCACGAGGUUAGAACUGCUACUGUUAUAGCGCUAUUAAGGAGGGUGUACCAUUUCAUUGCGACGCAGACUUUAGCCCCAAAGCAAGCGGUGACAAAAGUCUUCGGACAAUGGGGCUUACUGUUUAGGAGACAGGCUUUCGAACAUGAAGAGUUUCUUGAUUUGAUGAAUAUCAUAAUUCACCAGACGCUAGCUAUAGGUUUCGAGAAGCCUGAUUUGGUCCUUUUCAGCUCAUUAAGUACACUAUAUGACAAUGAUAUUUUGGAAGAAGAUAUUAUUUACGAAUGGUGGGAGCAAGUCUCAACAGAUCCAGCUUACAACGAUAUCAAUAAGCUGACUGCCAAGUGGAUUGAAUGGCUGAAACAAGCAGAUGAAGAAUCCUCGGAGGAAGGCGAUUCGGAAGAUGGAGAAUCAGAAACUGAUGAAGAAACUGAUGAAGAAUAA